AUGGCAAACGCACAGCGAUUGUUCAAGUCGUUGUUCCAGUAUUUUGAUCCUAUUCUGGCCGACGGUAGGAUCGACGUGGCCAUCGAUCCCGUAUACAGGGACACCUGGGUAUUGUUGAUGGACCUGGAAAAGACGCUUUACCCGUGGCUCCAUCUUUCUUGGGAGAACAGCUUUCAAAUCACCAAAGCCACUGCUGGCAGAGGCAUCGUGAUGUGUGUUGGCAAUUAUCAAUUCAAGUACGCUGCCACGGCAGUUCGUACCAUCCGACAAGUGCUCAAGUCCGAUUUACCCAUCGAAAUCUUUUACAUUCGAGACAACGACUUGACCCCAGCCAAACGACGGUACCUGGAGACCGAAUUUGUCAAUGUUCGGACGCGGCCAAUUGUGGAUGUGAUAGAUGAUCGGUAUACCCAGUUCUCUGGUUGGUCCCUGAAACCUUACAGUAUCAUUGCAAGCAGCUUUACCGAGGUCAUUUUGGUGGAUGCCGAUGUGUACUUUUUCAAGAAGCCCGAUCUUCUUUUCGAGGACAAAGGGUAUCUCAAAACGGGAUCUCUAUUCUUUCUCGAUCGCACGCUGUUUCCUGGAUGGGAUGUAGGCCAUACGUGGCUCCGUUCCUUUUUGCCUACUAAAAGUUCGUUUGUGGAAAAGAGCCGUUGGUGGAAAGUGACCUCGGCCCAUGAGCAGGAAUCGGGUGUCGUGGUGAUCAACAAGAAAAAGUCGCUUCUUGGAUUGCUGUCCACAUGUAAGAUGAACGAUCGAGAGGAACGGACCAAAGUGUCUUAUAAGCAUUCUCAUGGCGAUAAAGAGACGUUUUGGAUAGGUUAUGAAAUGGUGCAGAGUCCCUAUAGUUUCAUCAAAUCUUAUGGAGCGGUAAUUGGUGGACUAGGUGACGGAGGCGAUGCCUCCAGGGUGUGCGGUAAUCAAUUGCAUCUGGAUACCGAUGGUCAACCUUUGUGGUGGAAUGGUGGGCUUUUGCGCGACAAGAACAAAUGGCCGGAUCGGUAUCUCAAAUUUACUCAUUAUGCCGAAGGCGAAGAUUGGGAUUUUGAAACGUCAUGCAUCAAGGAGACGGACAAGAUUCGCGAAUUCACGGCCGACGAACAGCAUCUGGCGCAAAAGUACAUUGAACUCGAUGCAGCACGGCGUGCCGAUGAGGAACUAUUAGAUAAAGGACUCUGGAAGCCCAGGAAUUUAUAA